UCACUAAAAAGCGGCUGGAGGCGCGUGCGGCCUUCCACACGCACUCUGCCGGCCGACAAAUUCACCUGUCUCGGCUUUGACAGUCGAACAUCUGACGGCCCUCACUCGCUUCUCCUCGCCUUCUCCCUCAGCGGACACGCAGCAACACCUCGGCUCGGCGGUCCGAGAGAGAAGAGAAAGGCGAGACUCGGCCUCCCUUCCCCGCCCCCUUCACGAUCUCCCCGGGGUCUUGUCGAGCGUGUUGUCCUCGCCUCUUGUGUCGUUCAUGCGGGGUAAAUCCUUUGGCUAGCUCGGCGCCGUGUUGCCUUUCCGUUUUUUGGAAUUCCCGCAGUCAUAGCGAAGAUGGAGUGUGCGUGGAAGCCAGACGAGCAAGGACUCCAUCAGAUUUUACAGCUGCUCAGGGAGUCGCAGUCGCCGGAUACGUCCACACAGAGAUCCGUCCAGCAAAGACUGGAGCAGCUCAACCAGUUUCCUGAUUUCAACAACUACUUAAUAUUUGUUCUGACCAAGCUCAAAUCGGAAGACGAGCCCACGCGCUCUCUGAGCGGUCUCAUACUGAAGAACAACGUGAAGGCUCACUAUCAGAAUUUCCCUCAAGGGGUGUCCAAUUUCAUCAAGAACGAGUGCCUCCAAAACAUCGGCGACUCCUCGCCGCUCAUCCGCGCCACCGUGGGCAUUUUGAUCACCACCAUCGUGUCGAAGGGAGAGCUGCAAAACUGGCCGGACCUUCUGCCCAAACUGUGCCAGCUGCUGGAUUCCGAAGACUACAACACGUGUGAGGGAGCCUUCGGAGCCUUGCAGAAGAUCUGCGAGGACUCUGCCGAGAUCCUGGACAGCGACAUGUUGGAUCGUCCCCUUAACAUCAUGAUCCCCAAGUUUUUGCAGUUCUUCAAGCACAGCAGCCCCAAGAUCAGGUCUCAUGCCAUCGCCUGUGUGAAUCAGUUCAUCAUCAGCAGGACUCAAGCCCUCAUGCUGCACAUCGACGCUUUCAUCGAGAACCUGUUUGCACUGGCCACCGACGAGGAGCCCGAGGUGCGCAAGAACGUCUGCCGAGCACUCGUCAUGCUGCUGGACGUUCGCCUGGACCGCCUGCUGCCGCACAUGCACAGCAUCGUCGAGUACAUGCUCCAGAGGACGCAGGACCAGGAUGAAAACGUAGCUUUGGAGGCCUGCGAGUUCUGGCUGACGUUGGCCGAGCAGCCGGUCUGCAAGGAGGUGCUGUGCGGACACCUGUCCAAGCUCACGCCGGUGCUCGUCAACGGGAUGAAGUACUCGGAGAUCGACAUCAUCAUGCUCAAGGGCGACAUCGAGGAGGACGAGGCCAUCCCCGAUAACGAGCAGGACAUCCGCCCUCGCUUCCACCGCUCGCGUACCGUCGCCCAACAGCACGACGGCGACGGCAUCGAGGAUCAGGAGGAGGACGACGACGACCUCGACGACGACGACGACACCAUGUCCGAUUGGAAUCUACGGAAAUGCUCGGCGGCGGCGCUGGACAUCCUGGCCAACGUGUUCCGGGACAACCUGCUGCUGCACAUCCUGCCGCUUCUCAAAGAGCUGCUCUUCCAUCCCGAGUGGGUCGUCAAGGAGUCGGGCAUACUCGUGCUGGGAGCCAUAGCUGAAGGUUGCAUGCAGGGAAUGAUUCCGUACCUCCCCGAGCUGAUCCCCCACCUGGUCCAGUGUCUGUCGGACAAGAAGGCGCUGGUGCGUUCCAUCACCUGCUGGACGCUGAGCCGCUACGCCCACUGGGUGGUCAGCCAGCCCCCCGAUGUCUACCUGAAGCCCCUCAUGACCGAGCUGCUCAAGCGCAUACUCGACAGCAACAAGCGCGUGCAGGAGGCCGCCUGCAGCGCCUUCGCCACUUUGGAGGAGGAGGCGUGCACGGAGCUGGUGCCCUACCUGGCCUUCAUCCUGGACACGCUGGUGUUCGCCUUCAACAAGUACCAGCACAAGAACCUUCUCAUCCUUUACGACGCCAUCGGCACGCUGGCCGACUCGGUCGGUCACCAUCUCAACAAACCGGAGUACAUCCAGAUGUUGAUGCCCCCUCUGAUCCAGAAGUGGAACCAGCUCAAGGAUGAAGACAAGGAUCUAUUCCCUUUGUUGGAGUGUUUGUCAUCGGUGGCGACGGCCCUGCAGAGCGGCUUCCUGCCCUACUGCGAGCCCGUGUACCAACGAUGCGUCAACUUGGUCCAGAAGACCCUGGCUCAGGCCAUGCUGUACCAGUCGCAGCCGGAACAGUACGAAGCGCCGGAUAAGGACUUCAUGAUCGUGGCUUUGGAUCUCCUCAGCGGCCUGGCGGAGGGUUUGGGCGGCACCAUUGAGCAACUGGUCGCCCGCAGCAACAUCCUCACCCUCAUGUAUCAGUGCAUGCAGGACAAAAUGCCCGAAGUGCGUCAGAGUUCCUUCGCCCUGCUGGGCGAUCUGACCAAGGCGUGUUUCCAGCAUGUCAAACCGUGCAUCGCUGACUUUAUGCCGAUACUGGGCACCAAUUUAAAUCCGGAGUUUAUAUCCGUCUGCAACAAUGCAACGUGGGCAAUAGGAGAGAUCGCUAUACAAAUGGGGCCCGAAAUGCAGCCGUACGUUGCCGUGGUGCUGCACCAGCUGGUAGAGAUCAUUAACAGGCCCAAUACGCCAAAGACUCUUUUGGAAAACACAGCAAUAACAAUUGGUCGUCUUGGUUACGUUUGCCCUCAAGAGGUGGCACCCAUGCUACAGCAGUUUAUAAGACCCUGGUGCACCUCCCUGCGCAACAUAAGAGACAACGAGGAGAAAGAUUCGGCUUUCCGAGGAAUUUGCACCAUGAUAAGCGUCAACCCGGGAGGUGUGGUACAGGAUUUUAUCUUCUUUUGUGACGCGGUGGCGUCUUGGGUCAACCCCAAGGAAGAUUUGCGAGACAUGUUCUACAAGAUCCUUCACGGCUUUAAGAACCAGGUGGGCGAGGAGAACUGGAGGCGCUUUUCCGACCAGUUCCCCAUGCCGCUAAAAGAGCGCCUGGCCACCUUCUAUGGGGUCUAAAAAGGGGCCGGGGGUCUUUGAUGUCAGGAGAAAACAUAGGGAACCUCUUUGACCCAGGGAACACCACGCCCUUUACCAGGGGGGAGGAUCCGCCUAAUGGGGGAGGGGGGUCGGGUGCCGGGCCCGCUCCCCCCUUCACUUGGCGGGAUGGGGUGGGAGGGUGGCGCGACUCCCAGUGGGCCUGCGCGGGAACAGGGGGGAACCGAUCGGGGAACGAGGACAAAAUAACCAAAGUCGCCAUUCAUUAUCACGUCGUCAUCGUUUAGCUUUUGAGUUUCCGCAAUUUCUGCGAGGUUUUCGUGUCUAAAGCGGAACUCGGUCCCCGCCGGAUCUUCCGGAAGAGCGUGCCAGAUCCUUUUCAAUCAAUUUCCUCCAAUGGUAGCAAAAUAAGGAAUUGCCAGAAUGAAGUUGAAAUAGGAUGAGAAUUAAGGCAAGGAACAGAAAUAGCUGCAAUGUUACAAAUGUUAAGUGAUGUUACGUUUUCAUUUUUCGGGGGGGGGGGGGAUAAGUUGUACGUGAACAAAAAUUGUAGUUAAAAGAAGCCAUAACGUUACGAGUCUCAAUUUUAUAAUCGUAACCGAACCUCAACUGUGACUUUGACACGAGUUGUCGUAAUUGUUUGAGAAUAGUUGUCGUUUUACAAAAGAUGAAACCGUCAUUUUACAAGUGCUAAAUAGUCAUUUAAGUGAAUGGUUUUAAAUUUUAUGCAAAACACGAGAAAUGAAAGAUGAAGAAUUUGACAAAAAUAGAGCGGAAAAUUUACGAGAAUAGUCAUAGUUUACAAAAAAAAAGUGCCGUUAGGGACAACCGUUGCAGUAGCACUAAAGUCAGAAUUU